AUGACAAAGCUACGUUGUCCCGCUUGCGGCAACGCCGCGACGCCACGACAGCGGACGGCAAAAGCACUCACUAAUAAUACACUCUUUCGCAGCGAUGAAGCUUCGAUAAGCUCCGCACAGUGGAGUAAAAUCCCUUACACGACCAUGGUUCUGCAGGUACCUUCCGAUCUGAAGACGGUUGCGCCGGACGUGAAACGCUUCGCGCAAAGGGCAUCAGAGUUGGAAUCACUUCGACCUAUAGUCGCCUAUUGGUGUAAUUACUACGUUCUGCAACAGAUCCUAAAUCGCAAAAUUCAUGAGACUCAUCCAGAAUAUGGCAAUUACGCUAUCGAGCUCAUGGACAAGUUGGAGAGCUACAAGUCCGAGAAUGCGACCAAUGAUGCCGUUGUAGACGAUGUGGCCGCGCAAGCCUAUAUUGAGAACUUUGCACUCGAGACCUUUCGCCGAGCUGAGGAGGCUCAAAAUACGGAUCGCGUCACUCGACAGACCAUAGACAUUUUCCAAGCCUCCACGACAUUCAUCGAUCUGCUCGCGAUAUGGGGUCCGCCGGACGCAGAGCUCAUCGCCAAGAGCAAAUUUGCCAAGUACCAUGCACUGCGCAUCGCAAAGGCAAUCAGUAAAGGAGAGGACCCGAAUGCGACAAAUCCUCGUAUAGAGCCUCCGCCGCAAAUAGCAGAUGCGGGUACCGCCGAGGAACUCGCAGCAGAGCUGGACGCCGACUCAGGCUCAACAUAUCGGCCGCCGACGGUUGAGACUACUGUAGAUGAUGACAUUGGGUUCGUGCUUUCAUCGGCACCUGCGAAUACCGAGGCGACAUCGCAUGCAGGCUCGACGCGCGCUCCUUUGGUGGACGAUGAUUAUGAACAUGUUCCUGCUGCACCGUCCACACAGCGAGACGAUGUAUCGCCCAUCCAGACAGCACAAGAAUCUACAAUGGGAGACUAUUUUCCGCCUGUGGUAGCUGCAGCACCAUCUUUCAAUACAUCAACCGCAACUGCGCCUUUGCCCCCGCCAUCGCCGAUGAUUUCGAGAAUUUCCGAAACUCAAGCACCACCGCCGACCAUGCCACCUACGACCACUCCUUCGAGCCUUCCGGCCACAGUCCCAGUCACUUCGAUACCUCAGCAGCUUCCGACCAGCUACAAUUUUGACGACGAUAGCAUCGCAGCGGCGCAGAAGCAUGCAAAGUGGGCAAUCUCGGCUCUUCAGUUUGAAGAUGUGAAUACAGCAGUGUUGGAGCUGCGGAUUGCAUUAAAGAGUUUAGGUGGUCUCUGA